AUGGUGGUGCUCUCGGCCUCCUUGCUGACUCGAAAUGGCAAAGUGCUUGUGGCCCGUCAGUUCGUUGAGAUCACCCGGAUCCGUCUAGAAGGCUUGCUUGCGGCAUUCCCUAAGCUGUUGUCAAGUGGCUCGCGCGAGCACACGUUCAUUGACACGGAGAGCGUUCGCUACGUGUAUCAACCUCUCGAGAGCUUCUUUGUGCUCAUUAUCACCAACAAGACAAGCAAUAUUGUGGAGGAUCUGCACACGAUUCAGUUGCUGUCCAAGCUUGUGCCGGAUAUAUGUGCACCCCUGAGCGAGGCUUCCAUCCGUGACAAGCAGUUUGAGCUAGUAUUCGGUUUUGACGAACUCAUCACGGCUGGUGGCCACUCAGAAAACAUUAAUGUUCAGCAGAUCCGCGUCAACAUGGAAAUGGAGAGUCACGAGGAGAAAUUGCACAACAUGAUUCUCGAGAGCAAGCGCGCAGCGGCUAAGGAUGACAUGAAGCGCCACACGGCGCGAAUCAAAGAGGAGCAGCGCGAACGUGCAAGAAUGGAGCGCGCAGGAAUGGGUGGCAGUGGAUUUGGAUCGCAGAACUCGUUUAGUAGUUCUUUUAGCAACACGUUCAAGUCGCCACGUAGUGGAAGUAGUAGUGACAGCUUUAUGAACAGCCCCAAGUCGCCCGCUGCAACGUCACCGACCUCAUUUAAUAGCCGCCCAGAGCCUGGCGUGUCGAAGGCUGCGGGUAUGAAGCUGGGAAGCUCUGGUAGUAGCAAGGGCAUGGGCCUAGGUAGCGGCGGCAAGUCAUUUAUGGAUGCCAUGGCGGCUGAAGAUGGACUGAAAGAGAUACCGCCGAUGAGCGUGGCUGUUGAGACAGUGCAGAAACCUGAGAUGGCUGUUGCGGUCAGCCACGAUCCGAUUGGUGCUGUAGUGGAGGAAAAAAUGACAGUAGUGCUGACCCGCGAUGGUGCACUUGAGCAGCUAGAAGUUAAGGGCAGUAUGUACGUGUCAGUGAACGAUACAAGUGCUGGCUGCUGCCGCUUAAGAUUGCAAACAGGUGGUGCGGAGGGUAUUUCAUUCCAAACGCAUCCUAAGGUGGACAAGAAGCUGUAUGACAGCGAAUCAGUUUUAGCUCUACGGGAUUCGUCGAAGCCAUUUCCUUCUUCCCGUGUGGCAUUCCUUCGGUGGAGCUUGAAGACACAAGACGAGUCGAUGUUACCUUUAAACAUUACUUGCUGGCCUGAGGAGGAAGGUAAUGGCAAAAUGAAUGUCAGUGUCGAGUACUCAUUAGACCGCGACAUGAUGCUGGAUAAUGUGAACAUCGUCAUUCCACUCGGAGGCUCUGACGCGCCGAACGUCGCCAAUGUCGAUGGGCAGUACCAGCACAACUCGGCUGAAGGCUCACUGCUUUGGCAUCAGGAUCAAAUUACACCUGCCAACAACUCAGGCACACUGGAGUUCACAAUUCGUGGUGGCGACAUUGAUGCGUUCUUUCCUAUUUCGGUCUCGUUCUUUUCGCGCAGCGUGUAUAGCGAUGUGCAGGUGGAGUCCGUUGAUAAGAUUGAGGAUGGCUCGCCGAUUGCGUUCGGAUUUGAAAAGCUGCUCUCCACAGACUCGUACCAGAUUGUUUAG